CUCCUUAUUGUUCUAUCUCUUUAUAUAUAUGUAUCUAUACAUAUAUAUAGCCCGAUGAAGUCGAAUUAAAACUCUAAUCUAUAACUUUCUUGGCUUCGUCAGAAUGGAGCAAGAAGUCUACUCAAACUCGAGUUAUCCUUUUAGAGAUGCGAGAAAUAAUACAAUUAACAGCCAUUUAAGAAUUAGUAUACCUCUGCAUGUUGCUAGUAAUCGGUCAAUAACCAAUGACGGUUCGGUGGCCAGAAGCCCCAGUAUCCCAUCUAAAAAUGUACAAAUGGAGGAUAUAGAAAGUCAACGUAGUGAGCACUCAGAAUUGGCUGAUAAUGAAAAGGGUUAUUAUGAAAGUAAUGCUGGUGAUGGAACAAAAUCUUCAGAUCAUUUUUUAACUGGUUGGAAAUUGAUUAUUACUAUGAUGUCGGCGUUUUUAGCUUUAUUUAUUGCAGCCUUGGAUCAAACCAUUGUGGUGACCAUUUUUUCAACCGUUGGUAAUCAAUUUCACGCAUUUGAUGAGAUUAACUGGCUAACGUCUGCAUUUUUAAUUCCGAUGGCCGUUUUUUGUCCUUCUUGGGGUAGGGUUGCAAUUGCUUUUGGUAGGAAACCAACCAUGUUAUGUGGAAUUGCAAUUUUUGAAAUUGGUUCGUUAAUUGCUGCCUUAUCAAUAAGUAUGAGUAUGUUAAUUGGUGGUAGAGUGAUUCAAGGCAUUGGUGGUGGUUGUAUACAAACUUCAGUAAGUUUAUUAGCUACCGAGUCAGUCCCUGUCAAUUAUAGAUCCCUUUCAUUAAGCGCAAUGGCAGUGGCUUACGCCAUUGCUUCCGUUGCCGGUCCCUUUCUUGGGGGUGCUUUAACCAAAGUAACUUGGAGAUUAUGUUUUUACAUUAAUUUACCUUUAGGGGUCAUUGCCUUUAUUAUGUUGUUUUUCUUAUAUAAUCCUCCAAAACCUACAGGUAAACUCAAAGACCGGCUUAAACUUAUUGACUACUUUGGUAGUCUCUUAUUAAUUGCUAGUUUGGUUUUAAUGCUAACCGGACUAUCAUUGGGUGGUGUUGAAUUCAGCUGGGUCUCACCUGCAGUUAUUUUGAUGGUUAUCAUUGGAUUUGCAACCUAUGUCGUCUUUUUGAUGUAUAAUUUCAUUUUGUCAGCCAAUCCAAUGUUUUUAAAAGAAUUCUAUACUACUCCCCAAAUCUUCUUCGCUGCAACCAUGGGAUUCUUUAACUAUGCAUUUUUCUUAGGUAACAUCACUUACUUAACUGUUUACUUUCAGGUUAUCUUUGCUCACGACUCUUUACAAUCCGGUAUUGACUUACUACCUUUAAUCAUUGCUACUACAAUUUCUGCAGUCAUAAACGGUGUUCUUAUUAAAUUGAUCAGACAUAUAAAAGUGUUUUAUGUGGUGUUCUCCGGUGCCUUUGGUAUCAUAGCAGCAGGUCUAAUAACUACUUUAGAUCGGGAUUCCAGUGUUGGCAAGAGAAUUGGGUAUUUAAUAAUAAUGGGUAUCUCAGUCGGUUUUCAAAUUCAAUCAACUUUGCUUUCCUGUCAAAUAAAAGCACCAAAACAUGUCCCCGGGUCGAUCAUCAUGGUAACGGUAUUCGCUAACUUCAACAGAUUCACCGGAGGAGCUUUGGGAGUCACUCUUGCAUCUGCUGUAUUUAAUGCAAAGGGAUCUUCUUCAAUUGAAGCCAUUAUAAUGGCGCUACCGAAUAAUGAAAAAAGAAAGUACGUUAAUAUUGAUGGGGCCCAGCUUCUAAGCUCCCCUAAACUAAUCAAUAAAAUCCCUGAUCCAACCAGGGGUCAGAUUUAUGAUGCUUUAAUGGACGCGAUAAUAACCUCUUUCUACCUAGGCCUAGGCUUUUCCUGUGCUGCUUUCGUAUGUUCACUAUUCGCAACAAAUAAAAAAAUUCCAAAAGAUGAUGAAAUCAUAUGAUUCUUCCCUUCUUAAUCUCUUCUUAAGUAACUUGUAUAGUAUUUAUGGUAUUAAUGGC